CAAUUAGGCCCUUUUUAAAUAUUAAGAUUGAAUUCAAAUGCGCCUGACAACAGUAUAAAACCUGAAAACUGCAUUUUUAGCGUUUGCUAAAUUUCUUUCAUUAAAGGUUUACUAAAUUGUCUCGAAGCACAGCUGAAUAGUAAGGUUAACCGGUAACAGUGGCUCAUUCUAGCAAACUUGUCAACCCAAUUUCUCAAAUGGAGGAGCAACUUCUAAGUGAUCUGAAAAAUGUUGGCUACGACGGUCCAUUCCUGGACCAAAACUACGCAUCGACAGCUAUUACUGCCGGUUCAUCUAGCUCUGAGUUUCAAGAUUUAGUGAUUUGGCUGACGGAAGAAAUCAGGAUUCUCGGAAAGUUGGACGAGAAAAUCUUGAAAAGUGAAGAUUCUAGUACGUUUGUACUCGAACUAUCUGCAUUUCUGAAAGAACUAACAUGCCCCUAUGCGAAUCUUACAUCGGGACACGUAUCGGAUCGUCUGCAAACUUACGACUCAAAAAUGGUUCUGCUUGAAUUCCUUUUAGCUGAGCUGAUGGCAUUCAAGAUGAUCGAAUCGUUAAAACCAAAAGAGAAAACAAACGUUAUUACUCUGUUUGAAUCACCGACGGCUGCUGCACUUAAGGACAUUUCAAUCACGCUUGGAAUGGGCAAGCCACCGAAUAAUAUUCCCUCGAAAGUGCUAUUCGAGAAAAUCAAUGUUCGCCUGGACGAUACGAUAAGAACUGCUGGCGAGAAACGUUUGAGUUGCCCACUGUUUGCACCCAAGAAAAAACUCACGAUGGAGCAAUGGAACAAAUUAGACAAGUUACAACGAGACUUGGAUGCGGAAUAUGACUUGAGGAGAAAAAUGUUGCUCACUCGAUUGGAUGUGACAAUUCAGAGCUUCAGAUGGUCUACCCGAGUGAAAGGGAAAGAUGAUCAAAUGACCGAAAGGUAUGCAGAAAAGCGUAAAUUGUUGGAUACACUGCAAACAGGAAGUCGAGAUACGGAACUCGCUGCUCUGCUUGGAGCAAGGGAAACAUUGGCAAUUAUCGAGAAAACUAGCAGUGCCAGUGUACGAAAAAAUACUAAAAGUAAAAUACAGCGUCACAUCAUCGGUCGUGUACCGGAUCGAGGAGGACGUGCCUACGAACAUAACCCACCGCCACUGGAAAUGCCUUCAUGGCAGACGCAAAGAAACACUGGUGGUGGUGGUGGCCAACAGCGAGGAGGUUUUAGCGGCGGAAGGGGUGGUCAACAAGGUCGCGGUGGCGGAGGAGCUGGUGGCUUCCAGCAGCAAAAUUACAACCAAGGAGGUGGAAACAACCGAGGUGGGGGUGGCGGAGCUUACCAGCAAAAUCAAUCCCGUGGAGGGGGAGGCGGACAAGGAAACCGAGUACAAGGUGGUUGGUCGCAACCUCAGCAAAGUAAUCGCGGCGGUGGUGGAGGUUACGGUGAUCAACAAUUUAGUCGAAACAACAGUUUCGACGGUAAUAGAGAUUUUGGAUACAACAACGAUCAACGCGGCGGAGGGCGUGGUGGAUAUAGUGGGGGUGGUGGCCGUUCCAACUACAAUCGUGGUGGACAUCGUUAAGAAAACAAAGUAAAAAAUCGAUUGAGAAUACAUUUUUUCUCAUAUACCUUGGUCGAAUAUAUGGGUUUGUUAGUGACUCAUUAAAUUGAUGCUAUUGAAUUUAAGAAUCUCAAUAACACCCAACAA